CCUAACGCAUCUGUAGUUCCUUCUCCACCCUCGGUGGCUGACUUGACGUGCGCAAUUGAUUAAGGUUUGACGCUCUGGGUUCCUUGGCUGACGGGGCGUGCGGGUUAGAGUGAAAUAAGGAAGAACUUCUUUAUUCCAAAGAAGUGGCUGCCGUCAUGGGGGAUCCAGAGGUCGGCUCAGGUGUGAACAGAUCGAAAAGAUCACCUGUCGAGAGUUUGGGACUUCAGAAAAAGCCUGUAUUUCAGGCUUGGUUUCAUUUCCUGAUCAUUAUCUGCAUACUGGUCUUUGUUAUGUGCUUGGCCGUGUCAGACGGGAGCCUGACCUGGUGGGAGAGAUUAGCUCUUUAUAAACGCUUUUUAAACAAAACAACCAAGUUUCAAGCUCCUGCGUACCGAAUUCACCCACACCACAAAUUUAAACUGAUGGAAACUCAUACAACCACAGAACCCCCUACUGUGCAGCCUGGUAUUCGCUACCAUCAAGCCUAUCCACGCAACUACCAGUUUGUAAUGGACAACCGAGAUGUUUGCAAAAGCAGGACACCUUUCCUGGUCCUGAUGGUUCCAGUGGCACCACACAAUGUUGCAGCCCGGGAUGCAAUCCGACAAACGUGGGGAAAGGAAAGCGUGGUUCAGGGCGAGGUGGUCCUCACGUUGUUCAUGUUGGGCUUGUCUAAUGAUGCCGAUGCCGAGAAGAUCAAACAGGAGAACGAGCAGCACCACGACCUGAUCCAGAGUAGCUUCAUGGACACGUAUCUCAAUCUGACCAUCAAAACCAUGGUGAUCAUGGACUGGCUGGCCACACGCUGCCCAACAGCAGCAUAUGCAAUGAAGGUUGACUCUGACAUGUUCCUGAACAUUGACAACCUGGUGAUGAUGCUACAGAAACCAGGAAUCCCCAAGCUAAACUACCUGACAGGAAUGCUUAUGUGGGACAGGCCAGUAAUCCGAUCAAAGGACUCCAAGUGGUACGUUCCAGAGGAGAUGUACCCUGAUCCUCAAUAUCCAACAUACACUCUGGGUAUGGGUUACGUCUUUUCCAACGAUCUUCCUGAGAAAUAUGUUGAAAUCUCAAAGGUCAUCAAGCCCUUUAACAUAGAAGACGCUUAUAUUGGAAUGUGCAUGAAAAAACUUGGACUUGCUCCAACCUCGCCACCAGAUCCCUCCCAGUUCAAGGCCUAUAACUCAAAGUACAAUCGCUGUGAAUACUCUAAAAUCAUUACCUACAUCCUGGGCACGUCAGAGGAACUGAAAAAUUAUUGGGCAGACUACAAGAAGCCUGGACCACAUUGUGAAGGCAGCACAUAGCCCUCACAAUGAUUAAAGACUGUGAUGGAUUAAGUUUUAUUUAUUUAUGGACUUUUGCUGUCCUUAAAUCCUUUUAUUUUGGUAAUGAGAGUGGGGAACCCAACUUUUAGAAGUGAACAUGUAACAUAAUCAACUUUUUUGAAAGGACUGAUUUGAUACUUAUUAGAGAAGUUCUGGAUCCAAACAGGAUUUAGGUGUUUCUAGUUCCUCCUUGCAGUAACAUAUACGUUACUUUAAAUGGAACCAUCUGACCUGUGUGACAAUAAGGUGUGAGUUUUUAUUUUUGCACUAUUUUGGUUAUAAGUGUGCCAGUUUAAAAAAAUAAUGUGUUUAAAAUACGUAAAGCUGGUGCAACAAAAUAGGCAUCGGUUUUAUCUUGUUUGCCAUCUUGAAGAUUCAGGGUAUUUUCAGGAAUCGUUCACUCAUUGUUGUUUGCAAACACACAGUAGCAUUAAUAGACCUACUGAAUGUGUGAGGUUUUGCAUAUUUUAGUAUUUAUUUUUUAGAAAUUUAUAUUUUAUCAUAUUAUUAAACAAAGACAAACAUUUGAA